AUGCUGAAAUACGCGCUCACGCUGGCACUAUGCCUCCUUUCCAACGUCCGCGCGCAGGGCGACCUGUCAGCGGCAAACAACGUGACGGAUCUGGAGGGGACAUGGAGCAGUAACCCUUCCGUACAGACUGGACGGGAUUUCUGUGUACCUGCUGAAAUGCGGUUCACAUACCCCAAUAACACGGGUAUUUCUUACUCCUUCACCAACACAGGCUACUUCGAAGAAGCACAAUACCGCUACAAUUCCAACGCGUCCAACCCGGCCUGUAUCCAAGCCACCAUCUUCUGGCAACAUGGGACGUACCGCCUCAACAACAAUGGCUCGAUCACCAUGUACCCCUUUGGUCCGGACGGGCGGAUCCAGGUGCAGGAUCCGUGCGCGGCAGUGACGAAUAUCAUCACGUAUUACAACCAGCAGACAAUCUAUGCUGAUUGGGGAAUCACGGUGGAUAUUACCAGCGGACGUUAUGUGCUUAAGAUGAACCGAUUCGACGGUGCCAAGAUGCCCUAUAUGUACCUCCAGGCCAAGCCGCCAAACAUGAUGCCCACCCAGAUCCUCACCGGUACCAACGCCUCCGGCCAGACCGUCACCAGAAGACGAAACGUCGCCGACCUGUUCAAGCGCUCUUCAGCGCCCGCACGGGCAUAUAUCGGCUCGGAUGUCGGCGCGCUGGCGGGUUUGCUAGGAUUGGCGGUCAGCGCCGCGGGAUUGGGAUUGGGGAUGUUAUGA